AUGAUGCACUCUAUCCUGUUGGGUCUUUCCCUGGCGGGACUGAGUCUCGCCCAAGAAACUUUUGAAAAGCGACAAGGCCAGAAAAGCGCCCUCUCCAUGUGGCAUGAAGCCUACAAUGAUGACUUGGCUCGUUAUACGAUCCUGUCUCUUGGAUGUGCAGCCGCUGCAUACUACGUUUGGUCGCUGAGCUUCCGCUUCGCCGGCCAUCUGCGCCGUCUCUCUGCCUUCACCGACGAUAAGCAGAAGUAUUUCGUACCGGCCCACGACAAAUUCUGCUGGCUUAAGGAGCACCUAAUCUAUGCUCCCCUCUUUGGAACUAGACACAACCGCGAGUUCCAGCUCUCGUCUGCGAUCAAUAUGGGCAAUCUGCCCAGUCGAUUCCACGGCUUGCUGGUCAUCAGCGUGGUCGCGAUGAACGUUGUUUUGUGCACCGUGACGACCCCGUACAACUCGCCCGAGGACACCUUGGCCGGCAUUGUGCGCAACCGAACCGGUACCAUGGCCACAAUCAACCUGGUCCCUCUCGUCCUCAUGGCCGGACGUAACAACCCACUGAUCGCCAUGCUCCAUGUUCCCUUUGAUACUUGGAACUUGCUUCACCGAUGGCUGGGCCGGAUCGUUGUUCUCGAGGCUCUCGCCCACACCUUUGCCUGGAUGAUCCCCAAGGCACACAAGGCCGGAUGGGGCGUCGUUGCCAAAGCUCUUGGAAGCAGUAGCUUCUUGUUCGCUGGUCUGAUGGGCACGGCGGCCUUCACAGCCCUGCUGCUUCAUUCGCCAUCUCCCAUCCGCCACGCUUUCUAUGAGACCUUCCUUCACCUCCAUAUUGCCAUUGCUGCCGUGUGCUUCGGCUUCUUGUGGGUGCAUCUCCAUGGUAUGGCAGCUCAGCAGUACCUGCUCGCUGCCAUCAUUCUGUGGGCGCUCGAGCGAACAAGCCGUUUGGUCAUUAUCUUUUACCGAAAUAUCGGCCGUAACUCCACCACAGCCACGGUUGAGGCCAUGCCCGGUGACUGUAUGCGAAUUACCAUCCGCAUGGCACGGGCCUGGACUUUCCAGCCGGGUCAAUACAUCUACUUGUACAUUCCCGCUGUUGGGUGGUGGACUUCCCACCCUUUCUCCGUGGCCUGGACCGAGGCUGAGUCGAACAUGACCGACGAGAAGUCCCUGCCCAUUGCACGACAAGACUUACUCGGCCGAGCGCAACAGAACACCAUCUCCUUGUUGGUUCGCCGACGCACGGGUAUGACCGAUAAGCUCUUCCAGCGCGCCUCCAAUGCGAUUGGAUCGCGCGUGGUCCUGCGUGCAUUUGCCGAGGGACCCUACGGUAACAUCCACUCCCUGGAUUCCUACGGGACCGUGAUGCUCUUCGCAGGAGGUGUGGGAAUCACCCACCACGUUCAAUUUGUCCGCCACCUCGUCGCAGGCUUCGCCGAUGGCACCGUGGCCACCCGCCGCCUCACCUUGGUUUGGAUCAUCCAGUCUCCCGAGCAUCUGGAAUGGAUUCGGCCCUGGAUGACCACCAUUCUCGCCAUGGACCGUCGCCGAGAGGUGCUCCGGAUCAUGCUCUUCGUGACUCGUCCCCGCAACACCAAGGAGAUCCAGAGUCCCUCCGCCACCGUCCAGAUGUUCCCGGGCCGGCCCAACAUCGACACACUGAUCGGGAUGGAGGCCGAAAGCCAGGUUGGCGCCAUGGGUGUGAUGGUCUGCGGCAAUGGUGGUUUGAGUGAUGAUGUGCGCCGGGUGUGCCGGCGGAGACAGGCGAGCUCCAAUCUGGAUUAUAUUGAGGAAAGUUUCUCGUGGUAA